AAAAACUAUAACUUUACCGAGUCAUUUCCUAUUUAUAUACAUAUGUAUAUAUUAUUUAAAACUGUAGUGGACUACUUAAAAUUUUAUUGUUUUUUAAAUAACAAUUAAAUAUUUAAAAAAUAAUAAUUGAACAUAUAAAAAUAGGUAGUAUGUUAAGUUAGUGUUUAUAAAGAAAAAAAAAAAAAAAAAAAGAAAAUAAAAAUAAAAGAGUAAAAAGAGUAAUAUCACAGAUUGUAAUUUGUUGAGCUUUAUUUUCAGUUUUUAGUGUUUAGGUGUGUUAUAUUGCUGCAUAGCUGCAUUUCUGUAUUGUGUUGUUAACCUUAACCACCUUAACUUAAAAAAGCUAAGAUGGCGUCAACAGAGCAAAUAGGAUCCAACAAAACAUGGGAAUUAUCAUUAUAUGAAUUACAUCGUAUAUCACAAGAUGCUAUUACUGAUAAUACUGAAAUAGCAGUUAGUCCAAGAAGUUUACAUAGUGAAUUAAUGUGCCCUAUUUGCUUGGAUAUGUUGAAAAAAACAAUGACAACGAAGGAAUGUUUACAUCGAUUUUGCUCUGACUGUAUAAUUACAGCUUUACGAAGUGGCAAUAAGGAAUGUCCAACAUGUAGAAAAAAAUUAGUAUCUAAAAGAUCGUUAAGACCUGAUCCAAAUUUUGAUUUAUUGAUAUCGAAAAUUUAUCCAAGUCGUGAUGAGUAUGAAGCUCACCAGGAACGAGUGUUAGCUAAAUUAAAUAAGUCACAUUCUCAAGCAGCUUUAGUUAAUUCAAUAACCGAAGGUAUUAAAUUACAAAGCCAAAAUAGACCACAAAGAUCUAGAAGAGCAGCCAAUGAAUCAGAAAAUAGCAAUAAUGCAACAAAUUAUACCACCAACAACAACAAUACUAGUGGCAAUAACAACAAUAAUAAUAGUAAUAGUAUCAAUAACAACAACAGUAAUAAUAAUAAUAAUAACAUCAACAACAAUAAUAAUAUGUCUUCGAAUGUAAGCGCACCCACUACACCAAAUCCAGUUAACAAUAUUGUUACCAAUCAAAGUGACUCAUCUCAAGGUGCAACGGCAUUAAAUAAUAAUAAUAAUAAUAAUAAUAAUAAUAACAACAAUAACAAUAUUAGUAAUGCGGGUGGAAUUAAUUCGAAUUCAAAUUCAAUGAAUAAUAUUUUACAAGCAGCAAAUAGUCCAGCUAUUUCUGGUACAACCUCAAGAAAUUCAACAACACCAUCCCCAAAUCCAAAUAAUCAAAUUCCUAAACCAGCAAAACGUCAAAAAAGUCUACAAAAUUCGGAAAAUGAUUCAUCAAGUGCGGAAGCUGAAACUGGUGGUGGUGAUUCAAUGGUUGAUACAGAGGGAGAAGGACCUACUGAGCCUUUAAUGCUCAAUGAAAUUGAAUUGGUAUUUAAACCACAUCCCAUUGAAAUGGCUGGUGAUAAUUCACUUAUUAAAGCACUUAAAGAAAAUAGUAUUCGUUAUAUUAAAACAACCGCUAAUGCAACUGUUGAUCAUUUAAGUAAAUACUUAGCAAUGCGAUUGACAUUAGAUCUAGAUACAGAACUACCAGAAUCUGAUAGAUUAUUAAAUUUUUGCAUUUAUAUUGCACCUCAACCUGGCCAGUACAUAGUUCUAAGUGGCGCACAGACUUUACGCCAAGUUAAUGAUAAAUUUUGGAAAGUUAAUCGACCAUUAGAAAUGUACUACUCUUGGAAAAAAACCUAGGGAAAACCUCGUCAACUAGUGUUGGACGCAAGCUAGUCAUUAAACGCGUCUCUUAAUAAAUUUAAACAAAAGUAAAUUAAGUUAUUACUUGUAACUUUAAAUUUAUCAAUCCAUUUUUUUCUAUUAAACAUUAGUUAAUACUAAAAAUCAAUUAUUAUUAUUAUUAUUAUUAUUAAUUAUAUUGAUUAAGUAAUUGUCAUUUUUUUUAAAAGUUAUUGUAUUUUAUAAAAAAUAUAUGGUAGAUUUAAAUCUGUAUACUUGAAAAAGUUUAAAUUCAUUAAUUCACUAACUAUUGGAAUAAUGAAUGUAUAUUUAUGUACAUUAUUAAUUAAAUUUAGAAUAAAUAAAAAAAAGUAAACAUAUGUAAAUAUAUAUUAUGAGCAAGAUAAACUUUGAUUGGAUUAACGUCUUGAGGUAACGUAUUGGAGUUUUAUUGCCGUAAUACAGCAAUAGAUUAUUCUCUUAUUAUUUUAGAUAAUACAUGGAUAAAUAAUCAAGUAUUUUCUAAUAGUCUUUAAUAUUUAAUCAGUAAUCAUUAUUUAAAAACAUGAACAAACAUCCAAUUAUUACUAUUUUU